CCCUUGGCGUCAACAGCUACCGGUAGCCCACUUGUCUCCACUUCCAGUUUGUUUGUCAGCCGCCUCAUCGCGACCAGGCUGUUGAGCCUUCGGUCGUCAUCACCAAUCUGCGCUUGCUAGAUUUUGGGGCUAACAGACUCCUUUUCUUUGGACAUAUCGAAACUCAGCGUACCCGCGCCGUUGAUAGAAUUGCAGCAUCAGACCAUAGCACCGAUCUGUCCCACAACAUCAUCCCCUCCGCCAAUAUUGGCCAGGCUCCGACUGCUUAUCUUCCCGUGAUCGCGUCCUCACCUUUCUCUCCACUAAUCGACGGCGAACCAUGGCCCGGUUUACGCCGCAGCCCGACGAAGGCUAUUCCGAGGACCCACUGACCGCCCUAUCCGCUUCCACGUCCAACUCUCUCAAACCCCGUGAGGACGCCGUCACGCCGCUGGGCUCAGCUCGGCUAACAGAUGAGUUUCCGGCAUGGCUGGUCCAGCACGUUUCCAGCCUUUCCCUCUCCCGCAAGACCGAACUUGCCAUGGCCUUGCUCAGUGACCUCCCCACUGCGGUGGUAUCUCAAAUCGUUGAGCAGCUGAAACCCCGGCUCUACAUCGACUUUGUCCGAUACCUGCCUCCCGAAGUGUGUCUGAAGAUUCUAGGCUACCUUGACCCUGUGUCACUCAUCAAUGUCGCACGAGCAUGCCGGGCAUGGUACGAUCUCGCUUUGGACCGCAAACUGUGGGAGCAGUUAUAUUACUUGGAAGGGUGGAAGGCAAUACCUACCGAGAUCGAGGCGGCAGAGCGGGACAUCAACAAGGCCUCCCCGCUCGCCUACGGAGCGCUGCGUCGAGACCAGUCUCAAGACGAUGGCCUUGCUCACAAAAAGCGCGCCAUUGCAGUGUCCCCGACGCUUGACGCCGAUAUGGACAUGGUCAUGCUGGAUAUAGAGAGUUCAAUCAAGGAGGAGCCGGUGGAAAUGGACGCAUCAGAAACCAGCAUUUUCGGCGGGCCGCGGAUACCGCCCAGGCGGACAGGUAUCUCACAAAAGAUGGGCGACCUCCACAUGCAAAGCGCGGGCUCCGGAUCCAGCUAUACAGGGGUGGACAAGGGCAAGGGAAGAGCUCUCUCGCCAAGCCCACCCAGCAGCGUCCAUAUCAAGGAAGAGUUUCCUAGGACUGUUCUCGCUUCACCGCGCCUGCCCAGAUCGACGCUAUGGGUGUGGGAUGAGCCGUCCAGAAUGUUCAAGAUCAAUUGGAAGUAUCUGUACACAAUGCGACGUCGACUCGAAUCGAACUGGGAGCGUGGAAGUUACACCAAUUUCCAGCUGCCGCACCCUGACCAUCCUGAAGAAGGCCACGGAGAAUGUAUCUACAGUCUGCAAUACAAUUCCGAGUACCUGGUCAGCGGUAGUCGGGACCGCACGCUUAAAGUAUGGGAUCUCAAGACGCGACGAUGUUUACGGACCCUUGCCAAACACCGAGGCUCAGUCUUGUGCCUGCAGUUCGAUUCGGACCCGGAUGAGGACUUGAUUGUAUCGGGCAGCUCUGACUCUAACGUCGUCAUCUGGAGAUUUUCCACGGGUAAAGAAAUCCAGACACUGAAGCACGCACAUCGCGAAUCGGUCCUAAACGUCAAGUUUGACAAGCGCAUCUUGGUUACCUGCUCCAAGGACAGGACGAUCAAGAUUUUCAAUCGGAAGCCGCUUCGGCAUGGCGAUCUUGGUUACCGAGAAGUGGACCCAGUGCCAAAGGUGUUGAAGGAUUAUGGCAACAGCAUUCCUAUGUCGCCUGGCGACUUUCCCGAGAUGCCGGCGUGGACCAUGAUUGGCAGCUUGGAAGGCCACGGGGCGGCUGUCAACGCCGUCCAGAUCCAGGAUCGAGAGGUGGUUUCGGCGAGCGGCGAUCGGCACAUCAAGGUCUGGGACUGGCCAACACAAGCGUGCAGCCGCACAAUUGCCGGUCAUACCAAAGGGAUUGCUUGUGUGCAGUACGACGGUCGACGGAUCGUCAGCGGCAGCAGCGACAACGAAGUGAAAAUCUUUGACCGCCACACGGGCCUCGAGGUUGCAAACCUCCGCUCCCACUCGAGCCUAGUGCGGACCGUGCAGGCGGGUUUCGGUGACCUGCCGUACAGUGCCGAAGAGGACCUCGCCGAGGCCAAGAAGGUUGAUGAAGAAUACUUUAAGGCGGUCGAAUCCGGCUUGAUUGACGAAACAGAGCGCCCGAGGCCGGGCCAUCGCCGUCAGGGUAAUGCGGGUUCUAAAAGACCGCAAGAUAUCUGCGCUUACGGGGCAAAGCUACCGCCCGGCGGCGGAGGCGGCAAGUACGCGCGGAUUGUCAGUGGCAGCUAUGAUACUACCAUCAUCAUUUGGCGGAGGGACAAGGAAGGCAUCUGGAAAGACCAACAUCACCUCAAGCAAGACGAGGCCGCGGUUGUCGCCAUGCGCCAAGGCCGCAAUCAAGGGCUGAUGCCCCUGUAUCCCCCCGUGCAAAGCGCUGUUUCCCGUGACGCCGCGACGGUAGGAGCGCCAGGCGGGGCCGAACCACCCAUGGCAACACCAUUCCCAGCUGGUCCAACUCGCUUGCCAACGGCAGGGCCAACUCUGCCACCACUAAGCACACUUACCGCACAGCUAAGCCAGGAAGAACCGCCACGAACGUCAGUUCUCCCGCCAGCAGCAUCACUAGCAAUAUUUCAGGUGAUCGACAACGCGUUGGAAGGCGGGCAACAGGCGUUUGCGCGUGCCAUCGGGGCUCACCCUGCUAUUCUCACACAUCGCAGCUAUGUUGAAUCCUGCAUCGACAGGCUGCCAAACCUCGUUAUGAGAAGCCAGCUGCGGCAGACCUUUUCGGCCGCUUUGAUCCGGGCUCAGUUUGAGCAGGCAAGGCAGCGCCGCGAAGCACUGCGGAACCAGGACGCGAUCGCAUCAGGGUCUUCGGCAGCCGCAGCAACACAGGACCCGUCACAACAAUGGACAGCCGAGCCUGCUCCCGCCGCUGGCACGAGCAACCCCAGGGCAGGCACUUCUGCUCAGCCGGCCAGCCAGUUGACGGCUGCGCAGUUGGCGGCGGCAGCGGCGCACCAGGCGCACGCACAUGUCCCCCAUGAGGCGAACUUGCAUCAGGUACCCUCUCCCGUUCCUGGGCCCGUCCCCUCUACUCCUCUCCCAACACUAGCCCAAGAGCACCACCCGCACAUUUCACUGGCACCUAUCGGGGUCCACGACGCCGCUAACCCUGCACGGGUGUUCAAGCUACAAUACGACGCCCGUCGCAUCAUUUGCUGCAGCCAGCGGAGCGUCAUUGUCGGGUGGGACUUUUGCAAUGGCGAUGCCGAACUGGAGGAGGCCAGCCGCUUCUUUGCGCCUGUGGAUUGAGUUUGCCUUUGGCGCGCUCCCCGGUCCACCCUGUUUGAUGAUGUAACGAAUAUGUACACGGUUUGGGUAUAUUGCGCAUACUUCAUGAAUCACGACAAAUUCUAGGGGGCGCUGUAUGAUACUUCGCUGCUGCCAUCAGGAUAUAUAGGUAUAGAUGAGAUGCAGCCUUGGCAAUGGUCGACAGCGCAAGCUGUCGAGCACAUUCGUGCGCAAUACGGAUACCCCGUAUUUGCUGCUGAUCCCUCGCCGGUCGCUGCUGUACCGCUUCUUCCUGCUGUUCUUCAACUCAUCGAGGACGCCGAGAGGGCCAGAGGGAGAUAUCAGCUAGCCUCGAGACAGGAGCUGAACUGGCAAGCUUCUUACUCGGUGAUGAAUGGUGUAU